AUGACGGUCAUCGACCAGGUCGCCAUAAUCGGCGCCGGACUCUGCGGUCUCACGCUGGCCUUGGCCCUGCAUCAACAAUCCAUUCCGUGCAUCGUCUACGAAGGAAGGUCUGCACCAGAGGAUAUCGGCGGAGCCAUCAUCCUUUCCCCCAACGCCCUGCGAAUCCUAGACGAGCUGCACAUCUACGCCCGCAUCAGAGACCUCGGCCACGAAAGCGAGACGGUCCUGUUCCGAACCGAGGACGACCAGCUAGUCGAUUCGUACGAGAUUGGCAACGAGGAAAAAUACGGCUACAAGGGUCUGCGGAUAUACCGAUACGCGCUCAUCAAUGAGCUCCUGGCCUCGUUGGCCGAGCGGCGCAUCCCCGUGCACUACGGGAAGAAGUUUGCGCGCAUCUGCUCCGAGUCCGAAAGCGAGGUGAGCUGGGAGUGGGCGGAUGGAGGCGUCGGCCGCGCGGGGUCUCUGGUGGGCUGCGAUGGAAUCUACUCUCGCGUACGCGCGUAUCUCUACCCCGAGCUGAAACCAGAGUUCAUCGGCAUCGUGGCGGUCGCGGCGGCGGUCCCAACUAGCCGCGUGGACUUGCCAGAGGGGUACGGGCUGCCCGUGACGAUCAUGAGCCAGACGCACGGCGGGUAUAUCAUCGCGCCGCAGCAGUCUGAUGGCUCCGAACUGAUGCUGGGGCGGCAGCGGCGGUGGCCAGAGUUGGACCGGGAGGGGUGGGAGGCGCUGGCGACCGAUGAGGCCUGGUGUAUUGAUUUCCUGCGUCAAGGCUCGGAGCACUUCCCGCCGAUCAUCCGCUCGAGCGUGGCGAAUAUUCAGCGAGACAAGAUCAACGUUUGGCCCUUCUACGUGGUCCCGCGGCUGGAUCGCUGGGUUUCCGACUUCGGGCGCGUGGCGAUCAUGGGUGAUGCUGCGCAUGCGAUUCCACCGUCGUCGGGCCAAGGUGCCAACCAGGUCCUGGAGGACAGUUAUACGUAUGCGCUGCUUCGGGGUCAGUGCACGCCAGGCUCGCUCGGGCACGCCCUGCGUCGAUGGAAAAAGGGACGCCAGGAGCGGAUUGACCGGCUGCUGAAAUUUGCUGAGGAGAUGAACCGACGCCGGAUGACGGAGUGUGUAGCAGACGGCUGCGAGAGCAAGCCUGUCAUGACGAAAAUCACGGAAUAUCUGGACUUGGACUGGGUGUUCAAACCAGAUUACCGGAGGAUGGUCCAUGACUGGGUCCAAGAUUCCUCAUGA